UGGCUGAUAUUUGCGGAUAUUUGAAUACGAAUUUUGCAAUUUCGGUUCGGGUCGCUUCAAUGUUAAUCGGUUUUUCAAAUUUAAAUAUGGCAGCCCAUUAAUUUUAAUGACAUUUUGUGUUCGUGUAUGGUGUCAGUUUAACUGUUAGUUUCAAUACGAACACUUUUUAUACUAGAUUUUGGUUUGGUUCAGUUUGGUUGCAGCGGAUUGCAGAGUUUUUCAAAAAUCGUAUCAAGUGCUUUGUUUCGAAUUAUUUCGGAAAUUAAAAAUGGAGGAGGAUCACGAUGAUAAUUGUAAGCGAAAAUUGAUAUAAUCAAAAUCGAUCAGAAUACUAUAUUUCCCUGAUAUUUUUUAGUAAAUAUUGAUGACGAUGACAUUGACAAUGCUUUGUUGCAAAACCUGAAAAUUCGUUAUGACCGUGGUGCAAUUUAUACAUUUACAGGAAAGUUGUUGAUUGCAAUAAACCCGAUGAAAACACUUGAUUUGUUCUCCAGAGAAAAUAUGGAAGCUUAUCAAUUGAAGCCUAGAGGAUCGAUGCCGCCCCACAUAUAUUCUAUUGGUACUGAUGCUAUGAAUGCUUUGCAUGGAAAUAACAAACCGCAGUGUAUCAUUGUAACGGGGGAAUCUGGUGCGGGUAAAACAGUAAUUACACACCAUCUCACACAGUUUAUAUGUAAUAGCAAUCCAAAUCGCGAGUAUAUCAUGAAACGUGCUGCUACUUCAGCAAAAUUAUUGGCUAUUUUCGGAAACGCCGAGACACCCGAAAAUUCCAACAGUAGUCGUUUCAUCAAGUUUUUACAGAUAAAGUACAAUUCCAAAAAUGAAGUAUCAAGCAUAUAUACGUCCUAUCAACUUCUUGAAAUAAGUCGUCUAUGCGGAUUAACUACAUUCGGAUCCAACUUCCAUGUUUUUUAUUUACUCACUGUUAAUGCACCAAUCAGUUUAAAGGAUAGUUUGGGACUAAUAGAUCAGAAUUUCAGGGUUCUAGCACCGAAGAAUGCCAACCAUUUGUCUCCAUAUAACUUUGACGAUUUAAAUCAUUCCUUGGAUGAAAUGGAUUUAUCUAAAGCUGCAAAAGAAAUGAUAUAUGGAAUACUAGCUGCCAUUCUACACCUAUGCAACUUGGAAUUCAGUGAUGAUUCGUAUGAACACGCUGAAAUAUUAAACGUUGCAUCUUUAAAUUUCGCUGCCAGAUUACUCAAAUUGGAUUCUGAUGAAUUAUCUGAGGCACUAACGAAACAAAAAUUAAAAACUGUUGCUGAAACCUCUUGUAUUACAAUGCCACUGAAUUCGUGUAAUGCGAUGAGAACUCGAGACUCUAUGGUGAAGUCAAUUUAUAAAAGCCUUUUUCAGUUUUUAAUCGGUAAAAUGAACAGAACUAACUCAGAGUCAGUAUCUUCGAAAUAUAUUGCGAUUUUGGACAUUGCGGGUUUUGAAUGUCAAACUAUGGGUCAAAAUUGCUUUGAACAGAUAUGUAUAAACUACAUAAAUGAGACAGUUCAACAAUUUUGCAUACGCAAGCAGAUUAUAGAGGAAUUAGAGUGGUAUGCCGAUGAUGGUAUACAUAUUCCAGAUGUAAAUUAUCUAGAUAACAGAGAGAUUUUGGAUCUUUUUGAAGACAAAACAAAUGGAAUAUGGUCACUGCUAGAAGACGAAAGCAAAAAACGCAAACCAUCGAAUGAAACAUUUUUUCAAAACCUUAUAACGAAGUGUUCAAAAAAUCCAGCAUUUACUUUGCCAAAAAUUUCAAAAGAAACCAACAAAGCUAGUUUUGUUAUAAAACAUUUCUCAAAAAACGUCUGUUAUUCAGCGGAGAAUUUUGUCCAGAAAAACACACAAUUUGUGUCAACAACCAUUUUGGAUAUAAUUAGCAAGUCUUUGAAACAUUUUAAGGAUACAGACUUGCUGAAUCAUCCAAAUGACUCAAAAUCAAUUACACUUUGUUUGAAGAAUGAUUUGGGCAAGCUAAUGUCACAACUAGAUGGAAACGUAAUUUUUUGUUUGGAAUAG